AAAAAAAACUUUCAAAAUGGCGUUGCAGCAAGGUAGUCGUGCAGCGAAAAGUCUGGCCAAGUUUCUUCCUAAUUUGAGUGGAGUGCGCUUCAGCGGAUCUGGAGAAUGGGGCAGUGGAUCCGGCAAGGGCGGUGGCAGCGGCGGCAGCAUCCGUGACGCAGGAGGAACCUUCGGCAAGAUGGAGGCUGCUCGCGAAGAGGAGUACUUCCGCAAGCUUCAAGCUGAGCAGUUCAGCAAGCUGAAGGACCACCUGGAAGAGGAGAUAAGUCAGCACGAGAAGCUCAUCAGGCAACAUCAGGAAGAGAUUGAGAGGCACAAGAAGAAGAUCCGUGAUCUCAAGGAGCACUGAAAGAAGACCAGUCAUCGAAGCAGUCCUUUUGUAUUUCUCUUUCUUCGACUUUUUUUUGUUCUACGUUACUGGCAAAAGGUCUUGAGAAUGCAGCGUGUUUGUAGUUAGGGAUAAGUAAAGCCUGAGUGUCUGAACUUUG